AUGUGCGAGGCGAAGUUGGAGCCAGACGUCGUCAUCUACAGCAAUGGGAUCAGUGCGUGCGAGAAGGGCGUACAAUGGAAUCGGGCACUGGAGCUGGUCACCGAGAUGUUGGAGUCCAUUAUGGAUCCCAACGCCAAUGGCUACAACCCUGGGACCAGCCCUUGCGAGGAAGGCGAGCAGUGGCACCAGGCUCGGCAUCUCCUCGGCGAGAUGCGGAAGGCGAAGUUGGAGUUCGACGUAUUCAAAGACGGCGUGGGUAGCAGCGCGCGCAAGAAGGCCAGCUGCCCCAGCGGGUCGCGGCCCUGCGCUGACCACAGCGUGUGUGCUCCCCGCGAGCUCGUCGGAGCCCUCCGACUUUUCAGCUCAAGCGCCAGGGUCAACUGA